AUUUUAUUCUAAUUUCCCAUCCAGCUAAACCCAGACGUGAACGCGUUCCAACGCAAGUUCGUCAAUGAAGUCCGCCGCUGUGACGAGAUGGAGCGCAAGCUGCGUUACCUGGAAAAGGAGAUCCGCCGGGACGGGAUUCCCAUGCUGGAGAUCCCGGGGGAAUGUCCCGAGGCGCCGCAGCCGAGGGAGAUGAUUGACCUGGAGGCCACUUUUGAGAAGCUGGAAAAUGAGCUUCGCGAAGUGAACCAAAACGCAGAAGCCCUCAAGAGGAAUUACCUCGAGCUGACCGAGCUUAAGCACAUCCUCAGGAAAACGCAAGUGUUCUUCGACGAGCACGAGGGUGGUGCCAGUACCACUGAGUCGAUGACACGCGCGCUGAUAUCCGACGACCCGAACAAACAUAUGGGACACGUCCAACUAGGUUUACGGGAUAAGCAAGAAUCCUUGGAAUUCCUGCCUUGGUUAGUAGUGUACAUUGUAUUAUUUCUGUAGUUGGUUCGGUAGCUGUGGCGGGUACUGGUAUAUGUUGUAUGUGGAUGAUUGGCGUGUGGAUGAGCACCCGGGCCUCUAAGGCAGAGCUGAAACAAGUCAACAACAUUAACUUCUUUCACUUCUGUCCAGAGCACAUGGGAAUUUAUAUUAUUAUCAAAAUAACACACUUUCACUUGGCUUACUAACACUUCACUUCCGUACUGCAAUUAUUAUGUUAAUCUAUUAAACAAAUGUGCGUGUGAGGUAACUUGGACUUCAAGAAUAGAUAAUGGACUUAGGUGCAAACAUUGUAAAUGCUGAAAUAUUCGGUCUUUUUCGUGCUCACACUUUUUCCUUUCCUCUCUUUCAGUUUUUAAAUAGUACGAAGUAUAAAUAUAAUUGUGGACCUAUUCAUGACCCCUGUGAUAGUCCUUAACCUGUAGUAUACCAGAAAAAGUUGUGAGUUACGAAUAUACGUCGCAACUUUCUUUAGAAAGUUUCUAACAGCGUCUUGGUACGAGUGUCUUAGAUAUUAAUAUAAUUUUAAUUUUUGUGUAUACUUUUCAGUUUACUCGUGUUAUUCAUUCGUGUAGCAUUGGUAUUCAAAUAACAAAUUGUUCGGCGUUUCCAAUCGAAUGUGUUGAAUGAAACUGUUCUAUUAUAGUCUGACAAAGUAUAAAAGUUUCCAUUGACCUUGGUUUGGUCAGGUAUGGAGUUGAUGAAUUCGUCGAACGCGUGCUCAACUGUUUUCCAAUCCAGUUGGGUACAGUGUCGAACGCAUUGGCGAAAUCCACGUAGAAAAUAGCCACGGUACACGAGUCGCAUUUGUGUGUAAUCUGUUUAUUUUACGCUUAGUUUCCAUCACAAAUAUCACAAUGCCUCGAGAGUUGUCUCGGUUCCAUGUAUGGUUAUUAAUACGCUAUCACACCGUAGCCGGCAUUGUGACGCCACGAACAAUAUCUAUACUUGUGAAGACUGCGCCCAUUCUAUUUUCAUUUACGAUAACAAUGCGGUUACAAUUAAUUGUAAUGCUGUCCUUUUAUUAUGUCAUUUAUCGCACUUGGAACACUUCCGUGAGAGUGUGAAGAUUACGAGCCCUCGUCUCUAUUUAGGUCGUAGCUACGUAUAGUGAAUCAGAUAAAAUACUUAUCUGUUGGGUGAGCUCGAUAUAACUCGAUUGCGAGUUCAAUAUGAGUGCCGUCAAAACAAUAACAAUUGGCUGGAUAUUGAAAUUUGGAAUUACGAUGAAUUGAUGAAUGAUAAAUAUGAUCUCACAGAUUCUAUCUCGAAAGGUAUCUCGAAUUCACUUCAGAUUUUCUCAGAAAUCUGCGUAAUGCCCAAGAUUACGCCAAGGGUAUUUAUUGAUGAUAAACGAUAACAUUUUGUGUGUCUAAAUUCUUUGGAUAAGUUAUAAAUUCGCAAGAUAACGUCACUUGUAAAACUUCAGUUAAAAGUAAAUUGACUAGUUUAAUAAAAGUAGCUAGGAUGAUAAGGAAUGAUAUUAUUAUCAGUACAGUAAUAAAUUGACAUGACAUUGAUGGGUCGACAAUGAUACCUACUUUAACAAAAUGUGGAUUAUACUGGACUGGCUUGGAUAUCUAACCGAUGACGCUGAGUCACAAAUCACAUGUCCGCGUCCACUAUGCAUUGUUCUUAUUUCAUUUUAUUUGCUCGGGACAUUGUUAUGAUUCAGGCAAACUGUACUUAUUAUGUGUACUUAUUUGUUUCUUUUGUUGUUUGCUGCAACUAUGUGUUGAUAAGAGUUCUAUUUUAUGUUUAAAAUGAUACCAUGUAUAGAUUUUUAAAAACAACCCUAAAUUGCUGAAUGAGUUUAUUCAGUAACUUAGAAAAGGAUUCUGAUGUUUCAAAAUCUCAACCGUUCAAAGCCUAGGCCUAAAGACUCUAAUUUGUAGAGACUUGUAUUUUUGCUUACAAAUCAGGCUUAUUUCGUGUAGUAACUUUAACUGUUUCAUUCAAUAUGUAAAAUGGUGUAACGGGAAGUAUUGAUGGUCAAAUACAGUAGUUCCAUUUGGUAAAUUAUCUUUUUAAAGCCAGUUUUAAUGGUGUACAGUUACGUGAAUCAAAGUCAAGGUUAGAAGGCUUUAGCGGUCAAUGUUUAUGUACAUUACAUAUCCAAACACAAUAUGGAUUAUACAGGUGACUACUCCAUUACAUUAUCAUGUGGUUACACGUGAACGUGUCAUCAAGUUGAGUUCUUAAUAAUUGAUUUACAAGGUUUCCACAAGGUGGAUCGACGAUCUCAUAAAGGUGGCAGGAAGGCGCUGGAUGCAGGCCGCUACCAACCGGGCGAUGUGGAAAUCAUUGGGGGAGGCCUAUGUUCAGCAGUGGACGUCCUGUGACUGAAAUAAUGACGAUACUGAUGAUUUAAAACCUUUAUACUUGUAACUUUUCCCUUGUAACCAAAUCAGCUCCUUAAGCAAUCAUUUCGCGUGCUCAUUAUCGGUAUCGACGACAUAUUGUCAUCAAUACUUAUCAAACACAGAAUUUUUCCAUAAAAACUAUCUGCUGCUAGUAUUUAGUAUGUCAGCCGGAUUCAUGAUAAAUUACGCUGCUGUAUCACGAAUGCAGACAGUGACAUAAUAAAUGAAACAUCUGUUACUCAUCUCGUUUCAGAAUUAUUUUUAGUUGUUUCCAUGAUGACAUUUUUCAAGGUCUAGGAUUCGUUCGCCCCUAAUCUUUCGCCCCUUUGCCUAGAAAUAUGGCGAAUAGGUUCAUUUGGGGCGAAUCUUACGGGUUGAACAGGUUUCAGGCCUUUCCAAAUUAUUUAUUUAGCCUUAGUCAGCCCAUCAAGAUCACCCAGCUGUUUUGAAAACUUUUUCGAGAAUGUGCAAAGUAUACAUAAUUUUUUAAUUCACACGUAUUGAGCGGGCAAUCAUCAUACAUUUCCAGUUAAGCGAGAAUGUGUGAGUCACGACAUUCGAUGGCUUGCAGGUCGGUAGUCGGAUAACUGUUAUUCUAAAGGCAUUCACACUGUUAUGUCGUGUGUCGUGAUGAGAUAAGAAUAUCCGAAUCAUAUUAUUUGUAUGACAAGUGUUUACACAGAGAGGAUGCGCUUAACGGUUUCUAAGUAAGGAGAAGAUACGUUGUAACAGCUGAUCAUUCCUAGAAAGAAUUAUGACCGAAUUUAUGUUAAACUGUGAUUUCACAAUAAACAGUUUGAAUUUCAACAGAUAGCUGUUUCUGAUUAAGGCACAUAUUAUAGAAGUCUCACAUAACUCAGCUAUUGUAUUUAUGGAAAAAAUAAAGUAUAAGACAGAAAGCUUUAAGUUUUGAGACUCUGUUCUUCUUCUCAGUCGAUAUCAUUCUUGAAAGAGGGUCGUGGUCGUCAGCAGUGUGGAUUGUUGUGGCGAUACGAAUACGAUGGCUUGCCAUCUUUGAGGCUCUAGUGUUUACAUCUAUGUACAUAGAUCAUCAUUCAUCAACAUCAUCUCAGCCAUAGGACGUCCACUGCUGAACAUAGGC